AUGACCAAGGAACUGUGGGGACGUCUUGCGGCAGCGCAAGACAUUCCCUCCUUGCAUGGUUUACUCAGUGAACUUCCUAAUGAUGAUGUGCUACUGCUCGCUCAGAAAGCUUUCAAUGACGUCAUCGGAGCAAAUUUCACGGGCUGUAACGCUUCAACUUCUUCCUCGAUCCCAUCCUUUCUUGAACAAGAGCUAGCGCUGUUGAACUUCGAUGUCAAUGAACCAUAUACAAAAGCAAGGUUGCUUCCACAGCUUCUCUUCUCCAAAAUAGCAAUAGUGGAUCACAAAAAGCUAAGGGAGAAUUGCCCACGUGCUAAUUUACUUGCUUUCAGAAUCGUCUUGCUAUGGCAGAAAAUGCUCACGGAGCCAUCAACAGAACUGAAAGAUAUGAUGGAUGAAUUAGCAGGAACCGUGCAAGAUGGGCUACUAGAUGAUGAAGAGAAAGUUGUAUUUCGGCUGGAAAGAGCCAAUUCUCACCUCAUCUACUACGAGUACGAAAAGUGUGCUGAUUGUAUUCAGCAUACAUUGGAGUUGUCCAACCUCAAUAUGGAGCUAGCAGGAAAGCUUGGAAAACGCACGCGCUUCCAGCAACGUGAAAUUGCUCAGCUUGUGCUGAACACGAUAGCGUUGGCUGAAGGAGGAGAUGAUACUGUAGCAUUGUCGCCGCUGCAGCUGGCUGCCGUAUUGGCGUUAUACAGAUUGGAGAGAAGAAGUGAACACUGUGAUGAAUUGUUCAUGGAAAGGGCAGAUGCCUACUUAGAAGCAAUAAUUCGGCAACGACGCGGCUGGGCUGUACAGGCUGCUGCAUUGUUGGCACGAUGUGAGCUGGAGCGAACCAAGAAACGACGAGUAGAACGAGCUUGUGCGCAAUCUGAGUUAAUCUGUAAACUUAUGGAUGGUGUGGAUGAUGAGACUCCGAUUGGUGUGAAAGAGAGGCGCUGCGACCUUGUUCUAGCGUCUGGAUUGGAGCCAUUUUGGGGCGCUUACUCCAUUCAUGCUGAAACAUUGCAGUCUCUUGGAUGUACUUCUGAAGCUUUAUUAUUGUACGAGAAACUGGAAAUGUGGGACAACGUGAUCGAAUGUUUCAAGCAGCUGGGUCAACUGGAGAAGAUGUCCAACGAUCGAAAUGCUCGCGCAAGAAAAUCGCUGGGCAAUCUGAUGGUUCUUCGGAAGCAGUACGAGUCUGCAUACGAACAUCUACGAAGGAGUUUGGAGUUACAACCGAUACAGCUGGGUGUCUGGUUCAAUGCAGGAUACUGCGCAUGGAAAGUGGAACACUAUGCUGAUGCGGUCACCUGUUUUCACCGAUGUGUGAGCUUAGAGCCUGAGCAUUUCGAGGCCUGGAACAAUUUGUCGGCAGCUUAUAUCAAACUAGGGCAGAAAGAGAGAGCAAGGAAAAUUCUCCAGGAAGCCUUGAAGUUUAACUUUGAACAUCCAAAAGUUUGGGAGAAUUACCUACUUCUAUGCGUCGACACAGCCGAGUUUGAUCAGGCCAUCAAAGCGUUCCAUAGGUUGCUCGAUCUGAAUAAGCAGCAAAAGGAUGAUGAAGUCUUGGAGAUAAUGGCGUCGAACGUGUUGCGCAUGGUAAAAGAGGCAAAAGAUGAACAAUCCACAGUGCAAGCCGGCAAUUUGAAAUCAGAACUGGUCAAGCUAUUCGGACGGCUAAGUGCUGCAUGGAAGAGCUACGCUUCAUUAAAACGGCCAGCGGACGACAAUGUUGAAGAAGGAGAGAAGUAUGUGCAACUCCUAGAAAGAUCACUUUUGGCAGAUUCUAAUAAGCCUAACUGGAGCAAAGACGUUGAAUCGUGUUGUUCGGUGCUGAGAUCGGCAGUGGAGCUAGCUUCGGAACGUCUACGAUUUGCAGCCCUCAAAGGAGAAGAAGCCUUGAAACAGGCAAAAUCUCGCGUUCGGAUGUCGUUGAAGCCGCUGAUUACAAUAGCGAGGAGGGAGUACGGUAGCCAAAACAAGGAGAAUAUGAAUGAAAAGUGGGAAAGCGUUAACGAUUGCUUAGCUAAGGCGGAUAGUAUGUUGCAAGAAGUUUCUCUAUAG